AUGGCUGCCCGUGAUAUACUUUGUUCUUUGCUUCAGAAGGCGCGCCAGUCGCACUACAACAACCAGCGCUCGUCGCUGCGGUCCUCGCUUCUCGUCGACGAAUCAGCGGGCCCGCGCCUGUCCGCGCGCACCCUCAGCGACGUUGAGCGGCUGGACAACUUCGACCUCGACCUCGACGGCUUCGACCCGGACGGCUUCGACCUCCACGACCCUGCGCCCGACCUCGCCGACUUUGAGUCGGCGCCGCCCUCGCCCGUAUCGACGUCGUCGCCUGCGCCCAACGUGCCAUAUACGCGUCAGCAGGCGCGCACCGGGAGCAGCAGCGCGAGGUGGAAGGACAGGAACUCGGCCAGCAAGCGUGCGUCGCGGAGCACAUCCGACUCCAGAGGCACCGACUCCAGGGCCGCAAAGGCCCAGGACGCAGAUGACUUCCUCGUGCCAGAGUCGUGGCUGCAUCUGUACAACGAGACGGCCCAGUCUCCCACGCUGCCCCCAGCGCUGCGACGACCCAGGACAAGAGAGCACGGCCGCAAAGUGACGGACCCAGAUCAUGCCACCCCCUCGCUGCCCCAGGCUCAACAAUCCAAACGCUCCUCCUUUCUGCCAGGACGCACGACAACGCCCGCCUCCCCAGGGGCUUCACAACUGAGCUUCACCGCUCUGCCCAGCAUGGCGCCCGACAAGGCAGACAACCACGCCGAGCGCUACGCCCGCUCGAAACACACACCAGGCGCACGGAGGGCUUCUCGGCUGGCUACGGAGCUCUACACGGUGUCGUAUUUGAUCUUCUUCUCCAUCUGGGGUACGCUAGUCCGCCUUGGCCUGCAGGCCCUUACCUUCUAUCCCGGCGCACCCGUGACCUUCUCGGAGCUGUGGGCCAACGUGGCUGGCACGCUGGUCAUGGGCUUCCUGUCCGAAGACCGCCGUCUCUUUGCUGCAGAAUGGGGCCACCACGGAGAGCCCCUACCAGAGCCCUCGGACGAGCCUGCGCCCCGACAAGCCGAUAGAGCGCGCCACGGCAAGGUGAAAAAGACGAUACCCAUGUACAUUGGCUUGGCCACGGGCUUCUGCGGCUCCUUCACCAGCUUCUCGAGUUUUAUUCGCGAUGUCUUCUUAUCGCUUUCCAACGAUCUCAAGGCCCCCAUCAGCCACGCGUAUUCGCCGGCGCCCAAUACCCCGCUCCCUUUGCCAGGAAACCUGGUGACGAGGAACGGCGGAUACUCGUUUCUGGCCUUGUGUGCUACGAUUAUCACAACCAUAGCCACGUGUUAUUGCGCGCUGCACGUUGGCGCGCACCUAGCCCUGGCGCUAGAUGGCAUCACACCCACGCUACCCUUUCGCCUCAUGCGCCGCGUUGUCGAUCCCAUUUUUGUUGUCUUGGGCUGGGGCGUGUGGAUUGGGGCUGUCAUCAUGGUGGCUGUUCCGCCAAAGGAUGCAUGGCGCAGUCAGGCCCUCUUCGCGUGUGUGUUUGCGCCCAUGGGAUGCCUGCUCAGAUACUACAUCUCCCUGCACCUGAACCCGAUCAACCCGUCGUUCCCCGUUGGCACCUUUACUGUCAACACGUUUGGCACGGCAGUGAUUGGCAUGGCAUAUGACUUGCAGCAUGUGACGCUGAGCACUACGGGCCGUGUUGGCGGGGGCGUGGUGGGUUGCCAGGUGCUGCAGGGCAUCAUGGACGGAUUCUGUGGCUGUCUGACGACCGUGUCGACGUGGAUUGUCGAAAUCGAUACGCUGAAGAGGAAAGCGGCGUAUAUAUACUCCACUCUGAGUGUUGUGGCGGGCUUCUCGCUCCUGCUCAUUAUCAUGGGCAGCGUGAAGUGGACUCUUGGGUGGGAAGCCAUCUUGUGCAAGACGUAAUAAUAAGUAUUCAACCUGUAUAACAUGUAGUAAGAGUGGGGCACGGGGAAUGCUGUUUGGUUAUGCAUAGUGCACGACGUACGGGCAGGUAAUGUAUUCAGCAUAUAGUCUAAUGUGAAAUGACAAGGGGAAAGCGGCAAGGCUACACGCAUAGGUACGCAUCUAGUUGACAUGUCUAGAGUAGGCCAUAUACGCUCAAAUAAUACGCAUGAAAGU